GCCCGCACACGGAGUACCAGCUGAGAGGAAGCCAAACCCCGCCCUGCCGUGCCAGGAGCCGGUCAACACCAACCCUUGCCAGACGAACUUUGAGCCGGAGGCGUAGAGACCGGAAGUUCAGCCCUCCUGGGUACGUGCAGCCAAUCAAAAGUGAGAGCCCCAGAUUAGAGGGCGGAAGAGAAGCGGUCCAGUUCCGGACGCGGCCGCCGCCGCCGCCAUCUGUCACCUCACCUCCGGCACCGGCAGCGGGUUGCCCGUUCCCCGCCCGUGUCCUCGGCGGAGCCCGCUCUCCCUCCUGUCACCUCUCAGCUCCGUUUUCGUCUCUGCCUUCUUCCCCGAAUGGAUCUGGUCGGAGUGUCUUCACCUGAGCCCGGGCCCGCAGCAGCUUGGGGACCCAGUAAGUGCCCGUGGGCUACCCCUCAAAACACAGUAUCCUGUUCACUGACGGAGGUGAUGAGUGAGGAGUUGGCUAAAGAGCUGCAGUUGGAAGAGGAAGCGGCUGCUUUCCCUGAAGCUGUUGUUGCUGAAGGACCGUUCAUUUCUGGAGAAAAUGCUGACACUUCCAGCGACCUAAUGCUGGCUCAGAUGCUACAGAUGGAAUUUGACAGAGAAUAUGAUGCACAGCUUAGGCGUGAAGAAAAGAAGUUCAACGGUGACAGCAAAGUUUCCAUUUCAUUUGAAAACUAUCGGAAGGUUCAUCCCUUUGAAGACAGUGACAGCUCUGAAGACGAGGUUGACUGGCAGGACACUCGAGAUGAUCCCUACAGACCAGCAAAGCCAGUUCCUACUCCCAAAAAGGGUUUUAUUGGAAAAGGAAAAGACAUCACCACUAAGCAUGAUGAAGUAGUAUGUGGAAGAAAAAACACAGCAAGAAUGGAAAAUUUUGCACCUGGCUUUCAAGUAGGGGAUGGAAUUGGAAUGGAUUUAAAACUAUCCAACCACGUUUUUAAUGCUUUAAAACAACAUGCCUACUCGGAAGAGCGUCGAAGUGCCCGUCUCCAUGAGAAGAAGGAACAUUCUACCGCUGAAAAAGCAGUCGAUCCUAAGACACGUUUACUUAUGUAUAAAAUGGUCAACUCUGGAAUGUUGGAGACAAUCACUGGCUGUAUUAGUACAGGAAAGGAGUCUGUUGUCUUUCAUGCCUAUGGAGGGAGCCUGGAGGAUGAAAAUGAAGAUGGUAAAACUAUACCAACAGAAUGUGCCAUCAAGGUAUUUAAAACAACCCUUAAUGAGUUUAAGAAUCGUGACAAAUACAUUAAAGAUGAUUUCAGGUUUAAAGAUCGCUUCAGUAAACUAAAUCCACGUAAGAUCAUCCGCAUGUGGGCAGAGAAAGAAAUGCACAAUCUUACAAGAAUGCAGAAGGCUGGAAUUCCUUGUCCAGCAGUUGUACUGCUUAAGAAGCACAUUUUAGUUAUGUCUUUCAUUGGCCGUGAUCAAGUUCCAGCCCCUAAAUUAAAAGAAGUGAAGCUUAGCGAUGAAGAAAUGAAAGACGCCUACUAUCAGACUCUUGAUUUGAUGCAGCGAUUGUAUAAGGAAUGUACCCUUGUGCACGCUGACCUCAGCGAGUAUAACAUGUUGUGGCAUGCUGGAAAGGUCUGGUUGAUUGAUGUCAGUCAGUCGGUGGAACCAACCCAUCCUCAUGGCCUGGAGUUCUUAUUCCGGGACUGUAGGAAUGUUUCACAGUUCUUCCAGAAAGGAGGAGUAAAGGAAGCCCUUAAUGAACGGGAGCUGUUCAAUGCUGUUUCUGGCCUGAACAUCUCAGCAGACAAUGAAGCUGAUUUCUUAGCUGAGAUAGAAGCUUUGGAGAAAAUGAAUGAAGAUCAUGUUCAGAAGAAUGGAAGGAAAGCAGCCUCAUUUCUGAAAGAUGAUGAAAGUCCACCUGUGCUGUAUGCAGAAUAGUACAGCAGUGACGGCCAGCUGCCAUAGCCAACAAGUGUGGGUGACCUGACAUACCAAAGCAGGAGUGGACAGUGCCACUUCUGUGCUUCUCACCUGUGACCCACGUGCCAGAUGUGUGCAAUUUUUAACUUGGCAUUGAAAGAAUAAAAUGUCACUACCUCUCAUCUUA